CCGUCAGUGUGCUUCUAGUCUGAAAAGGCGUUUGCCAUUUGAGCGUAGCGUCAAAAUGAACCAGGUCAGCUGUGCCAUGAGCGAAAUCAAUGAGCAGAAUCAGCGGUGCGCCAGCUGUGUUGUCAGCGGGAGCCAGCUGGGCAGCAGUCGCAGAGGCAGCGGGCGGGCCCGCGGGCACAGUCGGUCAGACCCACGGCCGCGCGUGCUCAAACAACCGCGCCAGCGUUCGCAAGUUUCGCUUUGCUGCACACGCUAAAUUGCGCCUGCAAUUUGCCCCUGGCAGGCAGCGGAGGGCGUCACUGCUAGUGCGGCGAAGCUAGUGCCUCAGAUGGGGCUGCGUGAGAAGAUCCCGUUCCUUCCCGAGGGCCAGUCCAGCCAGCCGGGCAGUGAGGCGGACAUGUGGACCAAGCCCGUGGUCAUCCGGGAUGACUACGUGGGAGCUGGCAAGCUGAGUGGGCGUGUGGCGCUGGUCACGGGCGGAGACAGCGGCAUCGGCCGCAGCGUGGCAGUGCACUUCGCGCGGGAGGGCGCCGACGUGUUCAUCCUGUACCUUAAUGAGCACGAGGACGCCGCCGCCACCCGUAAGAUGGUGGAGGCGGAGGGCCGGCGCUGCAGCACCAUGGCCGGGGACGUGCGCGACCCCAAGGCCUGUGCCGAGGCAGUGGAGCGCUGCGUGAGGGAGCUGGGACAUCUGGACAUUCUGGUGAAUAACGCGGCUGUGCAGCACUACCGCACCUCCAUCACCGAAAUGACGGACGCCGACAUCGAGUCCACCUUUGAGACCAACAUCCUGGGGUACAUGCACAUGGCGAAGGCCGCGCUGCCGCACCUGCCCAAGACCGGAGGCAGCGGCACCACCACCAGAGGCACCACCAGCACCACCGGCAGCCCUGCCCCGGGCGUGAUCAUCAACACCACCAGUGUCACUGCCUACAAGGGCCAGCCGCAGCUGCUGGACUACUCCGCAACCAAGGGGGCCAUCAGCGCUCUCACGCAGGCACUGGCGCAGCAGCUGGCGGGCAGUGGCAUCCGUGUCAACGGCGUGGCGCCCGGCCCCAUCUGGACGCCGCUCAUCCCCGCCACCUUCCCGCGCACCGAGUUCCUCAACUUCCAAAAGAGCGUGCCCAUGCAGCGCGCGGGACAGCCCUCGGAGGUGGGUCCCUGCUACGUGUUCCUGGCCAGCAGCGACGGCGCCACCAUGAGCGGCCAGGUGCUGCACCCCAACGGCGGCACACCUGUGAGCGCCUGAUGGGCCCCAGCGCGUGGCGUGGGUCGGAGGAGCAGGGCGGAACGAUGAUGAAGAUAGUGAAACGGGAGGGGGGAUGCACACAGACUGAGACGGUCAAUGUGCGUGUUGGUCUGUGCCGGGCGUGUCUGGCAGCAACUGGUUUUGAGAGUGGGUUGAACUUGCGGUGUGCUCAUGUGCAGGCACUGACGGUUGACGGUUUGUUGGCGAGUUUGUUGUUGGUUGCGGUUGCAUAGCGAG